AUGUUGAGGAUAAUUAUUUAUUCAGUUAUUUCUAUUGUUAUUCAGUGUGAUGUAAUCCCUCGAUCAUCAGACUGUGAUAUCAAAUAUGUAUUUAAUGGGAAACGUGGACUUACAAUAGCUGAUUGUAAAAACCGAGGACUGCAGUUUAUUCCUCAAGAUUUACCGCCGGAUAUAAAUGUUUUAGAUAUAUCUUCAAAUCAUUUGAGAAGUAUUGAAAACAGUUCGCUGAUUAACUAUACCCAUCUACAAGAACUUAAUGUGAGAAAAAAUCAGCUGAAACAUUUAUCUCAGGAGUCUUUCCAGGGAUUACACCAUCUUGUUGUGCUUGACAUGUCUCACAAUCUGCUUGAUUUAUCUUAUGUAUAUUCAGAGGAAUUAUUCCUUCCAAUUCAACACUUAUCAAAAUUGGAUAUCAGGAGUAAUAUGCCUCAACCUGAGAAUUAUAAUAAACAAUUCGACUAUCCUGAUCAUGCGUUCGGUGUUCUGAGAGAAUUAACUUUCUUAGGAAUUGAUAUGAUGCCUGUGCCAAUAUUUGGAGGCGGAUUCAGUCAAAUGAAGAAACUUCGAAAAUUAUACUUUCAAUCUUGUUAUUUAGUGCGUCUAUCAAAUGAAACAUUCCAGAAGUUUUCAUCGUCUGUAGAAGAGCUUUAUCUCAGAAAUUGUCGAUUAAACUUUGUGAAAACAGAAUAUGAUGCUUUGAAUCCGUUUCCAAAUCUACGUGUACUAGAUUUGUUUGGAACGUUUAUGCACCUCACGCGUGCCUUACUUCUUUUACAUCCAUACCGUUAUAGAAAUAUGACCAAGAUUAACUUAGGUCAUGUCAGUGACCUAAUCAUUGAUAGUGACGACCUCCCGUAUGCUCUGACAAUAACAUCCGAUAUAGUGAAAAACCUGAAAUCCAUUUGCAUAGAACAUCUAGAUUUAUCUCAGAAUGGAAUUGUUGAUUACACAAAUGGCUCUUUAUUUUCCUUUGAUUACCCAGAAUGCCUAAAACAUCUUUCAUUAAAAGGAAACAGGCUUUUACUAGCUCAUAUAAACAAUCACGAAGAGAUUGACUCUUUUUUUAGCAAAGCUUUGCGAUUGCAAUCUUUGGAUUAUUCAUAUAAUGUCGUCAACUUCUUCAUAGAACAUUCAAUGACCUCAAGAUCAGCUUCUAAUUUUAAAAGUUCUGGUGGCAGUCACGUAAUUUUGCCAGCAUCAUUAGAAAAGUUAGAUAUAAGUUUCACAAUAGUUAAUACUUUACGCUUUCUAUUUAUAGUUCCGACAAACAAUAACCUUACUUAUUUAGAUAUAUCUUAUACAAAUACAACUGUUACCAUGCUUUUUGUUGAACUACGGUUAGAGACAUUUAUUUCUGCUGGAACAAGGUACAGUUUUGGUUGGAGGGAAAUAGACCGUUUUCAGGAGACCAACUUAAAAAGAUUAGUAUUGAAAGACGCUACUCUAACUCAUGGAAUUGAAACAUAUGGGAACAGGUUUUUUGAGAAAUGUCAAUCAGUCGAGUCACUGGAUAUAUCAAAAAAUAGCAUUUGGCAUUUUUCAGACGAUAUUUUCAAACCAAUGCCAAAUUUGUCAAACCUUUAUUUAACUGACAAUUUUCUCCAAUCUAUUCCAGAACAACUGAAUACGCAUACAAACAUAAAGGUACUUGAUGUUAGAAACAAUCUCCUUACGACUAUAAAUUCACUCAUUAGAAAUUGGGCAGAUCAAAUGCAAGCAAAUCAUGGAAUGACUUUGUCCCUGGACGGCAAUGCAUUUAUUUGCAACUGUGACAAUUUAGACUUUAUACGGUGGAUCCAUACUACAAAAGUCGAUCUGGAUAGUCGGUCUUAUAAAUGUCAAUUACCAAAUGGAAGCGUUACUGAUACACUUACUGCCUACAACUCUUUUUCCGAAUUGUUCGCUGACUGUAAGAGUACUAUGUGGUUAACCUUUGCUUCAACAUUGUUAUCUUCAUUUAUUACAAUCUCGUUACUGCUUCUGUUGUAUAAUAGGAGGUGGAAGAUUGCCUUAUCUUUUUAUGGAGUAAUUCGGCGUACUAUUGAACAAAAAGUUCGAAAGGCAUACCAGUACGACGUAUAUAUGUCUUAUGAGGGAAAGAUAGUUAUUUGGAUAAAAAAUGUCUUAGCACCAAAACUUGAGGACGAGUGGGGACUGACCAUGUGUAUAAAAGAUCGAGAUUUCCUAAUUGGUGAGAGUCUGUUGGAUACUGAGGCUAAAUGUAUCAAAAACAGUAGGUAUAUUAUUUUCCUCAUCACGUCUGAGUUCAAAUCGUCACGUGAUUGUUUGUUUGAACUUGACAGAGCAAAAUAUGAAAAAGUAACAAAAAAUCUAGACAGAAUUAUUGUAAUAACAAAAGAUAUCAUAAUAACUGAUAUUCCCUAUGAGUUUUCGUACAUUUGGAAUUAUGCGUAUGUUGUACAAUGGCCGAAAGAGGAAGAAGAUUUAAAUGAUACAUGGAGACGAUUGAAGAUGUUGCUAACGGAUUGCCAAGUUCAAAACAAACAAGCAGCUCAUUAG